AUGGCUUUAGCCGGGCUCUGCGCCCUGUUAGCCUGCUGCUGGGGGCCGGCUGCGGUGCUGGCUACAGCUGCCGGCGACGUAGAUCCAUCCAAGGAGCUGGAGUGCAAGCUCAAGAGCAUCACUGUGUCGGCGCUGCCCUUCCUGCGCGAGAACGACCUGAGCAUCAUGCACAGUCCCUCGGCCUCGGAACCCAAGCUUCUCUUUUCUGUGCGCAAUGACUUCCCGGGAGAAAUGGUCGUGGUGGACGACCUAGAGAACACGGAGCUACCCUACUUCGUGCUGGAGAUCUCAGGGAAUACGGAGGACAUCCCUUUGGUGCGCUGGAGGCAGCAAUGGCUGGAGAACGGUACUUUGCUUUUUCACAUUCAUCACCAAGAUGGCGCUCCAAGUCUCCCUGGACAAGACCCAACUGAAGAACCCCAACAUGAGUCAGCAGAAGAGGAACUGAGAAUCCUCCACAUCUCAGUCAUGGGUGGCAUGAUUGCUCUGCUGCUAUCCAUCUUGUGCCUGGUGAUGAUCCUGUACACUCGAAGGCGCUGGUGCAAACGUCGUCGGGUCCCCCAGCCCCAGAAGAGUGCCAGUGCAGAGGCAGCCAAUGAGAUUCACUACAUUCCGUCUGUGCUGAUUGGUGGCCAUGGGCGAGAAAGCUUGCGUAAUGCCCGUGUGCAGGGCCACAACUCCAGUGGCACCCUGAGCAUCCGGGAGACACCCAUCCUGGAUGGCUAUGAGUAUGACAUCACAGACCUGCGUCACCACCUGCAGAGGGAGUGCAUGAAUGGAGGGGAGGACUUUGCCAGUCAGGUCACACGCACCUUGGACUCCCUACAAGGCUGCAAUGAGAAGUCUGGGAUGGACCUCACACCAGGAAGUGAUAAUGCCAAGCUGUCCCUGAUGAACAAGUAUAAAGAUAACAUCAUAGCCACGAGCCCCGUGGACUCCAACCACCAGCAAGCCACUCUGUUGUCCCACACAUCCAGUAGCCAGAGAAAGAGGAUCAACAACAAAGCAAGAGCUGGUUCGGCCUUCUUGAACCCUGAAGGGGACUCUGGCACGGAGGCAGAAAAUGACCCACAACUGACCUUUUACACUGACCCCUCUCGGAGCCGGAGGCGCAGUCGAGUGGGCUCUCCCCGAAGUCCUGUGAAUAAGACCACCUUGACCUUGAUCAGCGUCACCAGCUGUGUGAUUGGCCUGGUGUGCUCCUCUCAUGUCAGCUGCCCUCUUGUUGUCAAAAUCACCCUACAUGUCCCUGAGCACCUGAUUGCUGAUGGAAGCCGCUUCAUCCUCUUGGAGGGGAGCCAGCUGGAUGCCAGUGACUGGUUGAACCCUGCCCAAGUGAUUCUCUUCUCUCAGCAGAACUCCAGUGGGCCCUGGGCCAUGGACCUCUGUGCCCGACGGCUCCUGGACCCUUGUGAACACCAAUGUGACCCCGAAACUGGUAGGCGGGAGCACCGGGAAGCGGGGGAAUGUCUGUGCUAUGAAGGCUACAUGAAGGAUCCUGUCCACAAACACCUUUGCAUUCGGAAUGAAUGGGGAACCAACCAGGGGCCUUGGCCUUACACAAUAUUUCAGCGAGGCUUUGACCUGGUUUUGGGAGAGCAGCCCUCUGAUAAAAUAUUCAGAUUUACCUACACCCUCGGGGAAGGCAUGUGGUUGCCCCUCAGCAAGAGCUUCGUGAUUCCACCAGCUGAGCUGGCCAUCAAUCCAUCAGCAAAGUGUAAGACUGACAUGACUGUGAUGGAAGAUGCUGUGGAGGUCAGAGAGGAGCUGAUGACAUCAUCAUCCUUUGACAGCCUGGAAGUCCUCUUAGAUUCCUUUGGGCCAGUGCGUGAUUGCAGCAAAGACAAUGGAGGCUGCAGUAAGAAUUUUCGCUGCAUUUCAGAUCGCAAGUUGGACUCUACUGGUUGUGUGUGCCCGUCAGGACUCAGCCCCAUGAAGGACAGCUCAGGCUGCUAUGACCGCCAUAUAGGAGUGGACUGCUCGGAUGGUUUCAACGGCGGCUGCGAACAGCUGUGUCUCCAGCAGAUGGCGCCUUUUCCAGAUGACCCCACCUUGUACAACAUACUCAUGUUCUGCGGGUGUAUUGAAGACUACAAGCUUGGAGUGGAUGGACGGUCUUGCCAACUUGUCACAGAGACCUGCCCAGAGGGAGGUGACUGUGCAGAAAGCAGAGAGGUCCCCAUGAACCAGACUCUCUUUGGAGAAAUGUUCUUUGGUUACAACAACCAGUCCAAGGAAGUAGCCGCUGGACAGGUGCUAAAAGGAACAUUCAGACAAAACAACUUUGCUCGUGGUUUAGACCAGCAACUGCCGGAUGGUCUUGUGGUUGCCACUGUCCCCUUGGAGAAUCAGUGUCUAGAGGAAAUCUCAGAGCCCACCCCUGACCCUGACUUCUUGACUGGGAUGGUGAACUUCAGUGAAGUAUCUGGAUAUCCCGUGCUUCAGCACUGGAAAGUUCGGUCUGUGAUGUACCACAUCAAACUCAACCAAGCAGCAGUCUCUCAGGCCUUCAGCAAUGCUCUCCACUCCUUGGAUGGAGCUACAUCUCGUGCAGAUUUUGUGGCCUUGUUGGAUCAGUUUGGUAACCAUUACAUCCAGGAAGCUGUCUAUGGCUUUGAGGAAUCCUGUUCUAUAUGGUACCCAAACAAACAAGUCCAAAGGCGACUGUGGCUGGAGUAUGAAGAUAUCAGUAAAGGCAACUCCCCAUCUGAUGAGUCGGAGGAGCGGGAAAGAGAUCCCAAGGUUCUGACAUUCCCAGAAUACAUCGCUAGCCUGUCAGACUCUGGCACCAAGCGUAUGGCAGCUGGAGUCCGAAUGGAGUGCCAGAUCAAGGGACGAUGCCCCUCUUCUUGUCCUUUGUGUCAUGUGACGUCUAGCCCUGAAAACCCUGCAGAGCCAGUCCUGCUUGAAGUGACCAGAGCAUCCCCCAUCUAUGAACUGGUGACUAAUAACCAGACGCAGAGGCUCUUACAGGAGGCCACCAUGAGCUCUCUCUGGUGUUCAGGGACUGGAGAUGUCAUCGAGGAUUGGUGUCGAUGUGACUCUACUGCUUUUGGAGCUGAUGGACUCCCUACCUGUGCGCCCCUCCCACAGCCUGUGCUGAGACUUUCUACAGAACAUGAACCCAGCAGCACCCUCGUGGUCCUAGAGUGGGAGCAUUCGGAGCCACCAAUUGGAGUACAGAUUGUAGAUUAUCUGAUCCGUCAAGAGAAAGUCACUGACCGGAUGGACCACUCCAAAGUAGAGACAGAAACAGUGCUGAGCUUUGUAGAUGACAUCAUCUCCGGGGCAAAGGCUCCAUGUGCCAUGCCAUCUCAGGUGCCAGACAAGCAGUUCACCACCAUUUCCCUCAUCAUCAGAUGCCUGGAACCUGACACCAUUUACAUGUUCACUCUCUGGGGAGUAGACAACACAGGGCGACGCUCCAGGCCAAGUGAUGUGAUUGUGAAGACCCCAUGUCCUGUGGUGGAUGAUGUCAAAGCCCAAGAAAUAGCAGACAAGAUCUACAAUCUCUUCAACGGCUACACCAGUGGAAAGGAGCAACAGACUGCCUACAACACCCUUCUGGAUCUGGGUUCCCCUACUUUGCAUCGUGUCCUCUACCAUUACAACCAGCACUAUGAGAGUUUUGGGGAAUUCACCUGGCGGUGUGAGGAUGAAUUAGGACCCAGGAAGGCAGGCCUCAUCCUUUCCCAGCUUGGAGAUCUGAGCAGCUGGUGCAAUGGACUACUUCAGGAGCCCAAGAUAAGCUUGAGGCGUGGUUCACUCAAGUACCUGGGCUGCCGCUACAGUGAGAUCAAGCCCUAUGGACUGGACUGGUCAGAGCUCAGCCGGGACCUCAGGAAGACUUGUGAGGAACAGACCUUGAGUGUCCCCUACAAUGACUAUGGGGACAGUAAAGAUAUCUAG